AUGAGUGCCCGAGGCGGAAGCCGACCACCUCCUCGAGGCCGUCCAAACAAGGUGACAAAGGCCGCCGCCACCACCGCGGGCCUCAAGCGGGACCCCGUGGCUCUCGCCCGAGCCAGCGCCGUUGCCGCCCGACACUCCUCCUCCGUCGUCGACCACCAGCUCGAGCAGCUCGCUCACGAUGCAGAGGCCGAGGCCGAACACGAAGAUGACGACGAGAUAACCGCUCCGCAGCCCCACCACACAUCCCAACAGCACCAGCAGCAUCAUCAACAACAGCAACAUCACCACCAGAACCCCUUCGACCUCGCCGCCGCCGGUAUCCUGGCCAACGGCCCUCCUCCCCCCGACGCCGACAUACAUCCCGACCUGCACGGCUUACCGCCUCAGUUUGCUAUGGAGGCUCCCAUGGGCAGCCACGGAGGUGGCAUGAACCGGACGGCCGAGGACUUCGCCUCCGAGAGCGGCUACGGCCAGCUCGUUAUCGACAGCGCCCUCGCUAAGCGGUUGGCGAACAACGAGGGUCAACGGCUAGCCGUGCAGCGACGUCAAGACCAGAGCCUCAACUUGAAGCGACGCAGCAAUGUCGAGGCCCUUCUCGCACACGUUUCUGGCCAGGAAGCCCACAGCCCUUUGAACGGCCAGAUGUGCGGCAGCUGCGCCAACUGUUGGUUCAAUGCCAGCGGCUCGCGGUGCUCCUUCCAUGAAAACAACCUGCCUCAGCACAUGCCAGCAAUCCAGCUGCAGCCGGUGCCGGUCUCCGCCAAUGCUAGCUUCGCCGGCAAUGCGCCGAUGGCUCCCGGCAUGGCCCCCGCAGGCCCCGGCGGGUUCGGGCAGCCAGGCGCCGACGCUUCGGUCGCUGAGCUCGCCAAGGAGAUGUUCGACAAGGCCACGGCGGCGAUUCGGAGCAACGACCCCCACGUUCGAUUCCAGUUCCGCAUCGAAACGGCGGCGCGGGAGCUAGCGCAGGCUAGCGCCGAGUAUGCCGACUUUCUGACCCAGCAGGGCCUCGACCUGCAACAGCAUCCACAAGACGCUGAAGGUUCCGUUCCGGACGCGGCGAUGGGAGAGGACGACAACGGCGCUUGA